CUGCUGCUGCUUUCUUUCGCCCUCCGCGUUGCGUUGCAGCUUUUGAAGGCGCUGGAGUUUUUGUUUGACCAUAAUCGAGUAAGCUGAGAAAAAACUGUACCGGUAUCAAGCUCUUGCAUGGUCUGUCGAAACAUAAAAAUACGAGUUAUCAACGUCGGUGGUCCGCUAGCAUACACGUUGGUUCUGGUGCAGUUUUUUCAAGCGAUACCGAGGACACUGUGACGUCAUGAUGGCGAAUUUCAUGAUCGAGACAAAACGAUCUACAACAGCAUCACCCCCCUCGCCGUCGUCUUCGUCAACAUCUGCCCCAUCGUCCGCGAGAGAUAGAGGCCAACAAGCGUUUCUAUCACCAGCAAGGACAAACGGCCUGGACCUGCUUUCGCAACCUUUCCUGCUUCAUGUCAUCGACACGGAGCAGAUGGCGGCCUGCAGUUUUUUCAAUCGUAACCAGAUUGCAAAAGAUCUCUGGCG